AUGACAAUGCGACGUCGGAAUGGCUUUCGUAAUCUUCGCUCCACUUCGUCACGUCCACUUUUCGACACGAAUUCGUUCGUCUUUGACGGCAGCAAUUCCGACAUUGCACGUCAACUUUACAUCCAGCACGUUGCAGGAAAAGUCGACGAUCAAGUCAACCUCGCAGUGAUCCCUGCAGUAGUACAGCGCAGACUUGACCCCUAUAAUAUCGUCUUCAGCGACUUGCCUGGACUUGUCCAACGUGCUGUGCUAUGGGACUCUGGCUUUGCUGUCUCGCCGUUGAAUGAGCCCGUGCAAAUCUGGACGUUGCAAAACUUCACCAUGGCAGACCUUGCUGUACCGGAAGAGCAAGUGAAAACUGCUGGCUGCACGCUCAAAAAGUGCGAGCAGCCGAACAACGUCACCGGCUAUUACACUCAAACUUGCUCCGGUACCCAGAUGCUCAGUGCUUCGCGUUGCGUCAUUGAUACAUUCAAAGACGAUGGCGCAGUUGGUUUCUUGGGUGCAAUGUGGUCAAAAGGUGGUGACCCUGGCAUGGCGCCGCUCAUCCGUUUGAGGGAUCACUCGUGGACCGAUCCAAUCUCGAACGACUCAUUCAGUGUCUACGCAGUUCAUACGGUACCCAACGCGUUGGAUGCAGUCUGGAACCAGUGCCCUGUACACACCAAGUAUGCGUCGCUGACUGUACCUUGUCACAGGCAAGACAUGAUCACCGAUGAAGUGAAGAUGGCAAUGUCAGUGCCAAGUGGAAGUGACUGGGUCACGACGUGGCUCGAGAACGACUUUGUCGUGCCAUCCAGAUUCGAUACAUCAAUGGCGGUGGCAAUCAUCCUGGCUGUCCUAACGAUGCUCGUUAUACUGGCCUUCGGAUGGUACUGUUGUCGUCAUCGGUCAAGUCGCUCAGUGAAGACCGCUUCGAGUGCCUAUAAACUUGCUGGUGAUGCUCCACAGUAUUCAGAUGCGUGGACAUCCAAAACAGGGAACAGGUCGACCGAUCGCUCUUUGCGGCUUACCCACCAAUCCUCUCUCUUCAGCUCCUCGGGAGACUUCGAGAGUGCAGGCUCGAACAGAACGCUCAAGAUACUGCUCGGUAGCAAAUGUCUUCAACACAAACGCAUUCCGUAUGAGAACCUCAUGUUGCAGGAACCCAUUUCCAAAGGUGCCUCUGGAGAAGUCUGGAUCUGUGCUUAUCGUGGGAAAACUGUCGCUGUGAAACGGUUGAUCCAGGGAAGUCGGAACGCGGAGACUGUACGAACCUUUGCGGAAGAAAUCGAGCUGAGUGCUAGCCUUGUCCACCCUAACAUUGUCGAGUUCAUUGGAGUGGCGUGGAAUAGUCUGGACAACUUGGCAAUGGUACUUGAAUACUUCCCACGAGGUAACUUGCAAAAUUACUUGCACAAGAACGCCGACUUGCUGUCCUGGGCGAGAGACAAGAUCCAAAUGGCCGUCGCAAUCGCGCAAGCGUUGCAGUACUUGCAUGAACGCUCUCCUGCCAUUAUCCAUCGCGAUCUCAAGUGCAACAAUAUUCUGCUGUCGGACAACCUUCAGCCGAAGUUGAUUGACUUUGGCGUGAGCCGCGGACUCGUAGACAUUACCAUGACAGCAGGUGUUGGCACGCCUUACUGGGCAGCCCCUGAGAUCUUGGAAGGCAAGCGGUACACGGAGCAGGCCGAUAUUUAUUCCUUCGGUGUCGUGCUAUCGGAGCUUGACACGGGUGAAAUUCCGUACCACAAUGCUGUGACUGAAAGCGGAGGCCAAGCCACAUCGUUCCAGAUCCUGCAAGACGUUAUGGCUGGUUCAUUACGACCCAGUUUUUCACGGGACUGCCCUCCACGCAUUCGACGAGUUGGCUUGGCGUGUUUGUCUCUCAACCCUUCGGAUCGACCAACUACAAACCAGCUGAUCCAGGGGCUUGAAGGUAAUACUGUCGAACUAGAGCUUUCUCCUUCAGUGAACGUUAGCACGCUCGCAAUUUAA